CACACAAUCAUUUCUCACUCUGAAUAAAUACUUGUACCUUACCUCAAACCCUAGACCUCUUAUUACUUCGCCCCGCCUGAUCGGAUCUUCUCCGCCUCUACAUCGCCGGAACAAUCCACAUAAUAUAUUGUUAGAAAAUGGCCGUGGCAUUUAACAAUCUUGGAUCAGCUGCUGGUCUGAAGAAACUCGAUGAUUAUCUUCUUACACGCAGCUACAUUACCGGGUACCAAGCUUCAAAAGAUGAUGUUACAGUUUAUGCAGCUCUUUCAACAGCUCCGUCAUCCGAAUAUGUGAAUGUAUCACGGUGGUUCCACCACAUUGAUGCACUCCUGAGGCUUUCGGGUGUAACUGCUGAAGGGUCAGGAGUCACCAUUGAGGGAUUUGCUCCCGUCGCUGAAGAGGCAGUUGCUACACCUCCUGCUUCUGAUUCCAAGGCUGCUGAGGAUGACGAUGACGAUGAUGAUGUGGAUCUGUUUGGUGAAGAGACUGAGGAGGAAAAGAAGGCUUCAGAGGCACGUGCAGCUGCUGUCAAGGCAUCUGGCAAGAAGAAAGAGUCUGGAAAGUCAUCUGUAUUAUUGGACAUCAAACCAUGGGAUGAUGAGACUGACAUGAAAAAGCUUGAAGAAGCAGUUAGAAGUGUUCAAAUGGAGGGGCUUCUUUGGGGAGCAUCUAAGCUUGUACCAGUUGGAUACGGUAUUAAGAAAUUGCAGAUCAUGAUGACCAUUGUGGAUGAUUUGGUGUCUGUGGACACUCUGAUUGAGGAACGCCUUACAGUUGAGCCAAUUAAUGAAUAUGUCCAGAGCUGUGACAUUUUUGCUUUCAACAAGAUAUAAUUUAUGGAUCCGUUGAACUGGGCAGAGGUGGAGGCGGAAAAGAUACUUCUUUUAGGAAUAUCGGGACAAAAUGAUCAAUGUAUCUUUUAUCUGCUUUCUAGUUUUGUUGCAAGAACCUGAUUGAAGUAUUAUUUAAUUCUGAUUGUGAUUUUGGCCCAUGUUAUUGUAUUAGUAUUGUGUUAGUGAUGAUCUCAUUAAAAUCAGUUUUUUGAAAUUA